AUGUUGCCCCGCCUCCGACCAUUCACCCAGGCCUUCUCACGACAACCUCCACUGACAAGAUUCAUACCCAAAAGUCAACCGUUUCGUUUCGCAAGCACAAUGGCGCCAGUCCUCCCCUCCGACCGCAGACCAAUCGUCAUCUCCGGCCCCUCGGGCGUCGGCAAGGGCACCCUCUACAAGCUCCUCUUCGAGCGCCACCCAGACUCCUUCGCCCUCUCCGUCUCCCACACCACCCGCGGCCCGCGACCCGGCGAGGCGGACGGCGUCGACUACCACUUUGUCACAAAGGACGCCUUUGACGACCUCGUCAGCAAGGACGGCUUCGUCGAGCACGCGACCUUUGGCAGCAACUCGUACGGCACCUCAAAGGCCACCAUUGAGGAGCAGUCCGCCAAGGGCAAGCUUGUCGUUCUCGACAUCGAGAUGGAGGGAGUCAAGCAAAUCAAGACGUCAAACUUCCCCGCCCGCUACGUCUUCAUCGCGCCCCCCUCAGAAGAAGAGCUCGAGAAGCGCCUCCGCGGCCGCGGCACCGAGAAGGAAGAGAGCAUCCAGAAGCGUCUCGCGCAAGCCAAGCUCGAGCUGGCCUACUCCAAAACACCCGGCGUUCACGAUCUGGUUAUUGUCAACGACGACCUCGAGAAGGCCUACAAGACUCUCGAGGACUUUGUCUACAACCCUUCUCAGUAG